AAACCGAAAAUGCACAUUACUGUUUAGUCUAAGUAAUAAAAUUAAAUUUCGCAAUUCAUGAUUAGAUUUAUUUACAAAAAUGGAAUCUCGACAAGAGUAUGUGUCACAACUACGUGAUUUUAUUAAUGAAGUUGAUACAGAAGUUACCAUAAUACUUCAAAAUUUGCAGUGGGAUAAAGAUAAAUUAAAACAGGCAGAUUCAUUGGUUGCAUGCAAAUAUGAUACAAACCAUAGAGUAUCACUAAAAAAACAAAAGGAGCAUGAGGAGCAAUGUUAUCGGAAAUCUCAAGGAUAUCAGCCAAAUGAUGUCUUUUUGCCCGAGGCUUUGGAAUCAAAUGCUAAAACUAUUGUAAAAUUUACUUCAGAUCAAAUACAACAGAUAAUAGAUUCGGCAUCUAAAAAUGAUCCAUUGUUUAAAAAAGGUAAUGGAAGUUUAGUGUCUCAACCACUGACAUUGGAUCGCAUUGCAACAACGUACACAACGGAUGAAAGAAGAGCCAUUCACGAUGCUGUCGUUAACACCAUGCCAUCAUUUCACGAUCUCUCCGAUCUGGCUCUACCCAGUUCUGGUCCAUCGGAGAGCAAGCAAAAGUCUCGCCUGGAGGUGCUGGCCGAGCUGCGGGACAUGCGGCGCCGGCGAGCGCGCUACCGCGUGUCCGUGCCUGCCAAGAACUACUCCUACACACUUAGAGAACUGAUCGCCACGCAAAUGGAGUUGUACACAGGUUCAAAUACAGAAAUUAAAAUUGAGAAAAGCGAUCAAAAAACAAAUAACAAACUACGGAAUGAUACUCACGGUCAUGAAGACAAAUACGCACGAAACAUCGAUAAGUAUACGCGAGGAAAUUUGAGAGAAAGUGGCAAAGAUCGGGAGCACUGUGUACGAGAUAGUAAAGAUAAGUCCAGUAACAAGGACCGCAGGUGUUCUGAAGUUAGAAGCGAACGAGAUCGUUCAUCAUAUUCAAAAGAGAGAGACACAAGAUGCGGUAGAUAUGAUGAUAGAAAAAGAUGGGAAAGACAUGACAAUUCCCAUAGUGAAGACCGUUACUAUAGUUCAAAGGACAGAGCUAGACGAAGAGAUAGCCACAGGGACCGACAACAUAGAGAUAGAAAAGAUGACCAUAGAAGAGAUGAGAGAACUAAGCAGAGGCGAUGUUAUGAUUACGAUAACCGCUAUGAGAAACUGGGAAAACACACUUCUAAAGACAAAAGUAGACAUAAAGAAAUCAGGUAGAGGUGUUCCUAUGAAUGUUACCAUAAGUGUAUAAAGUAAUAAA